UCUCAAAGCGGUAGGUGAGACCGGAAGAAGGUUUGACGCGCUGGUUGUGCAGACGGCGCUCUGGGUUUUCUUCACACGGACAAACUCGUGAAACCGUUGGGACUUCGAUCGUGAACCGAACACCGGUUUGUUUCCGCUCUAAAGAAAAAUAAAUAUAAUCAAUUUAAACGUGUGUCUUUAACCGCGUGAGAGUCCAAGAGCCGCCAGCGCGAGGCCGGGUGUGCGCGAGCUUCUUCCUGUUGCUCGCAGGUUAGCUUGCUGGAGAAAACCCUGAGCUAAUUUUUUAUAUAAAGGGAAAAAACACAAAAAUGACCGAAUCGGACAAAUUAAACAUCGAUUCUAUUAUCCAGCGUCUCUUGGAAGUGAAAGGCUCCAGACCUGGUAAGAACGUGCAGCUGACGGAGAACGAGAUCCGUGGCCUGUGUCUGAAAUCCAGGGAGAUUUUCCUCAGCCAGCCCAUCCUUCUCGAGCUUGAAGCACCCCUGAAAGUUUGCGGUGAUGUUCAUGGUCAGUACUACGAUUUGCUCCGGCUGUUUGAGUAUGGCGGAUACCCCCCGGAGAGUAACUACCUGUUCUUGGGAGACUACGUAGACAGAGGGAAGCAGUCUUUAGAGACCAUCUGCUUGCUUUUGGCCUACAAGAUUAAAUACCCCGAGAACUUUUUCCUGCUGCGAGGGAACCAUGAGUGCGCCUCCAUCAACCGGAUAUACGGCUUCUAUGACGAGUGCAAACGGCGCUACAACAUCAAACUGUGGAAGACGUUUACAGACUGCUUUAACUGCUUGCCCGUCGCAGCCAUCGUCGACGAGAAGAUUUUCUGCUGCCAUGGAGGCCUUUCUCCAGACCUUCAGUCGAUGGAGCAGAUCCGGCGUGUGAUGAGACCCACGGACGUGCCGGAUCAGGGGCUGCUGUGUGACCUGCUGUGGGCCGACCCUGAUAAAGACGUGAUGGGCUGGGGCGAAAACGACCGCGGAGUCUCCUUCACCUUCGGCUCUGAUGUUGUCGCCAAGUUCCUGAACAAGCACGACAUGGACCUCAUUUGCAGAGCGCAUCAGGUGGUGGAGGACGGAUAUGAAUUCUUUGCGAAGCGGCAGCUCGUGACUCUCUUCUCUGCCCCGAACUACUGUGGCGAGUUCGACAACGCCGGUGCUAUGAUGAGCGUCGACGAGACGCUCAUGUGCUCCUUCCAGAUCUUGAAACCCGCCGACAAGAAGAUGUUGGCGUACAGCAGCGCCGGAGCGUUCGGGACCGGCCGACCCGUCACACCUCCGAGAAACGCUCCCAAGGGAGGGAAAGCCAAAAAAUAACGUGCCCUCACAUAACGCACUCACACACACUAUUACUUCCUGUCCUCCUUCCUUCAGUCUACCUCUCCUUUUAUUCUCUGUCUUUCAUGUUUGGUUUUUUCUCUUUCCGUGAAUGUUUUGUUUUAUUUGACCAAUUAUGAGAAACGUUUUAGAUCGUGUGUGUGUGCAGGGAUGGGAGUUUACAGUCCCGUUUUUCCUGAACUUUGAUCACUUUUCAUUAUAGUUGUAUAGAAAUAAUCCCUUUUAAGGAUUAAAAAAACAAACAAACUGGACCUUAGCAAUUAUUUACCUUCUCAAGUCUCAGGGUCCGACACACACCUUUAUCUCCUGAAGCAAUCACUAUAAUUGUGUGCGUGUGUGCGUUAGGGUUCAUCACUGACACUCUCAAAUGUGAAGUGUGUACGUGUCCCGCGUCAUCAGCAGAUGGAUUUGUCGCACCCGCGUGUUUUUUAUUUUUAAUUUUUUUAUUCAUCGGUUUAGUACUCGCGUCGGCCGACUGGGCCAAAAUCCUCCCAUUUGUACAAAAUAUCUCUGGCAUUCUCGCUUUUCUCUUCACAUUCACUUCCUUUACUGAGGUGAGCGAUCAGAUGUGGAGUCUCUUUCAGUAAGUCUCGUUUUAUGUUUUUUAUUUUGUUCGUUUAACAUCAUACAUUUAGAUUUGUACAGAAAAAGCUCUUGUUUUGUAGUUAUUCAUGAACUUGGACAAUAAAGUGAGAAGCUUCUAGACAUAA